AAGUGGGCAGCCUGCUGUAGUGCUGCUGUCAGUUCUUCCCUCUACCCUUGUGUUUCACAUUUAACAUCACAGGUCCGUUUUUAUGUAUAAACACUACAUUCUCUUGUAUUUUUAGUGUAAAACCCGUACAUGGACCUGUAUGUGUGUAUGCUUGUCACACUAAUAGCCAUUAACUAGUGAUAAUGUAUGUUCAUGGAGGAACAAAGGGGCUGAGAGGACUUUACAGACAUUGCCUCAAGUGGAGCUAACAUUAACAUUAGCGGGCAGCGCACAGCACGUGUUGUAGAGAAAAACGAGACAGAAAAGAUCAGAGGUUACUACCGCUGUGACUAACUCCCACCAUUCGGCGUUAAUUCUUAAAGAGAAAGAGCAUUACGAACACUUUUUGGGUAAUUUGCCAUAAGAAGGAAUGAAAACUUGCUGUCUGUGAAGUCUGCCUGCUGCUUCAACGACACAGACAAGCUGUUAGUCGUGUGGCUAAAUGCUGUAACAUGAGUCUGUGUGCACACAGGGGACAGGUGAGUGAUGCUGGAUAAGAGCCGUGAGUAGCCAGACUAGAGAUUUGAUGAAGUGCUCCUAUUAUGGUUCUUUGCAGCCCGUGGAACAGGGAAGCUGGUUACUUGAUCCUCUGCUUUACCUGAACCUCAUUGUUGCAGCUUUUAAUAUCUGAAUAUCCAGGCCUCCUAUAAAGGUGGCUUUGAGGAAAGAAUGAUGGGACAAGAAGCAGCGUUCAGAGCCAGAAAUGGGCAACAAGCAAACCAUUUUCACUCAGGAGCAACUGGAUGCAUAUCAGGACUGCACAUUCUUUACAAGGAAAGAAAUUCUGAGACUGUUUUACAAAUACCGAGAUCUAGCCCCGCAGCUAGUUCCACUCGACUACACCCACAAACCAAACGUGACACUUCCCUAUGAACUCAUUGGCAGCAUGCCAGAGCUGAAGGACAAUCCGUUCCGCCAGCGGAUAGCAGAGGUUUUCUCAGAGAGUGGAGAUGGCAAUAUGACUUUAGAUGAUUUUUUGGACAUGUUUUCUGUGCUGAGUGAGAUGGCUCCCAGAGACCUAAAAGCUUAUUAUGCUUUUAAGAUUUAUGAUUUUAACAAUGAUGAUUACAUAUGCAAAUCAGACUUGGAGAAAACUGUUAACAAAUUAACCCGCAAUGAACUCACCCCAGAAGAAGUUAGCCUUGCUUGUGAGAAGGUGAUUUAUGAAGCUGAUCUGGACAACGACGGCAAGCUUUCUUUGGAAGACUUUCAGCACAUGAUAAUUCGAGCUCCUGAUUUCCUCAGCACAUUUCACAUUCGAAUCUGAACCUAGCAAAACACAAAGAUGAAAGUGCUUCUUCUUGAACAAUUUCUGGAAAUGGAACCUGUCAGAGAACUCUGUUAUUUACCUCUUUAAAAGGAACAGUUCGUCUUCACUGAAUUUCCCUGUGAUUUCACAAAAG